AUGAUGAAGAACAUGAAACUCUUACUCUUCUUCGUCUCCAUCUCCCUCCUCCUGAUCGCCGUCGUCGAAGCCGCCGGAGGCCAUGAAGGCCAUUCACAUUCCGGUAAACCUAAAUGCGAAUGCUCACACGACGACGACCAUGACAACAAAGCCGGAGCUCAGAAAUAUAAAAUCGCCGCAAUUCCUUCGGUUCUCAUAGCCGGAUUCAUCGGAGUUCUUUUCCCUCUCUUAGGCAAAGUCUUCCCUUCUCUGCGUCCAGAGACAUCUUUCUUCUUCGUCACGAAAGCUUUUGCCGCCGGAGUUAUCCUCUCUACCGGAUUUAUGCACGUCUUGCCUGAGGCUUACGUCAUGCUUAACUCGCCGUGUCUUACGUCGGAAGCAUGGGAUUUUCCGUUCACCGGUUUCAUUGCUAUGUUGGCUGCGAUCUUGACGCUAUCUGUUGAUACAUUUGCGACUUCGAGUUUCUCUAAAUCUCGUUCUAAAGCGUCGAAGACGAUCACUGAUGGAGAAUCCGGUGAGAUCUCCGCCGAUUCCGACAAGGUCCAGAUUCUCCGGACUAGAGUUAUUGCACAGGUAUUGGAGUUGGGAAUAUUAGUACACUCAGUGGUAAUAGGAAUAUCACUUGGAGCUUCACAGAGUCCAGAAGCUGCAAAAGCUCUCUUCAUUGCCUUGAUGUUUCAUCAGUGCUUCGAAGGUCUUGGCCUUGGUGGCUGUAUUGCUCAGGGAAAAUUCAAGUGUUUGUCAGUAACAGUAAUGUCGACGUUCUUCGCGAUAACGACUCCAAUAGGUAUCGUUGUGGGAAUGGUAAUAGCGAACUCGUACGAUGAGUCUUCUCCAACGGCUCUGAUCGUUCAAGGAGUGUUGAACGCUGCAUCCGCAGGUAUUCUCAUCUACAUGUCUCUCGUGGACCUUCUCGCAGCAGAUUUCAUGCACCCAAAGAUGCAAUCCAAUACUGGGCUUCAAAUCAUGGCCCAUGUUGCUCUCCUCCUUGGUGCUGGCCUCAUGUCUGUAUUGGCCAAAUGGGCUUGA